CUUACCAGUUAUCCCGUUGACUACCGGUUUCGUGGGAAUAGUAUUUGUUACGAUUCCAAAGCAAGAUCAGUUGAACAUAUGCGGACUUUUUACGAACUGGCUUUAUCAUUUAUUGAUAUAGAAUUACCUGUGUUAAAUUGCUUCCCAUUACGCCGUUCUUGGAUUCCUUGCUACACAACUAUCGAUUCAAAAAAAAUUUGU